AUGUUCAUUAAACGAGUGUCAAGAAUGUCUCCUGUUACAACCUCGAACGCUGCUACUACAACCACUACUGGUCAAGGUUCUUCUCGAUCCACCACUACUACGACAAAUACAACGAGAACAUACAAUCUCAUGACAUCGUCCAAAUCUUCAUUCUUGAAACAACAAGGAACAACGAAUACAAUUGACAAGAUGCCAUUGAAGAAACCAACUUCAUGUACAAAUUUCAACAAUUAUAGAUCCUUACACAAAGAACAAGCUUAUCGAAAUACCAAUAUUAUGGAAUGUCAAAUUCCAUUGCCUUACAUGAUGGAAAAGAAUCAUCCUCCGCAGAUGGCACUCGAACGACGUAACAACAAACAACAUAACUACGAGUCGUCCAUCAUGAAUCCAUCAAGACGAGACAAAGACGUUGCCAUAAAUUUAAAAGAACACAACACCAGUGGUGUUGUAAAUCCAUUCAUGUCAGCACGUUCUGAAUGCAAAUCCCUUCCUCGUCGACAUGCUCAUCCAAGACAAGACAUGUCGGUAAAGAGAUUCAUUUCACACUCUGCCACACAUUCUCUGUUGAAGAAAGAGGACGUGGUAUUGGUCAAUGUCGAUGAAGACUUGUCUAUAUUGAAUAUGGUCGAUGCAACUUGGCAUGGACAAACUGGUGUUGUGUGUGAAAUUAAUGAUGACGAAUGUGUCGUGGAGAUUGCAGAGAAGAGUGUCAUGUUUGAGGAUGAUCAUGACUCUAACGUUUUUACAACUUGUGAAGGAUUUGUGCAUGAAAGUCACUGCAUGUUAUUGGUUGGUGAUGACCGUAAUGAAGAAUACAAUGACCAUGCCGUGUCCAUAGGUCAGACAAGACAAAUUGUUCUUCCAAUAUUUUGCUUAUGUCUCGAAGACAAAGUGUUAAAGGAAAGGUUGGCAGCUUCGCUCAAAUCUUCCUCGCGCCAGCAAUCACACGUUUCUUCUCCAAAAGUCAUGCAAACCAUUCUUCAAACACAAUCAAAAUCUUUAGUUUCUUGCCUAAGUUAA